AUGGGUUGCGCCGCAUCCACCGCGAAAGGAGAGAAAUCGGUGAAAAUCCACUCCAACGGCCCGUUAGGCGCCAAAUCGAAGAAAGGCUCCGUCCUCGGACGAACCACCUCGGACAUCAACGACAUUUUCACCUUCCACGAAGAAUUAGGCAAAGGCCAAUUCGGGACGACGUAUAAAAUCAAAAACAAAAAAACCGGCGAGGAAUACGCGUGCAAAGCGAUCGCGAAGAGGAAACUCACGUCGAAAGAAGACAUCGACGACGUGAGAAGAGAAAUUUCUAUUUUACAUCACUUGGGGGGACACGAUAACAUCGUGUGUUGCGAAGGCGCGUACGAAGGCGCCAGGCACGUGUACAUCGUGAUGGAGUUGUUGCAAGGCGGAGAGUUGUUCGAUAGAAUCGUGGAGAGAGGCAAGUAUUCCGAGAAGGACGCGGCGGAUUGUUUCCGAACGAUCGUGGAAACGAUUCAACAUUGCCACGAGUUGGGGGUGGUGCACAGAGAUUUGAAGCCGGAGAAUUUCGUGUUGAAGUCGAAAGAUUACGACUCGAAGAUUUGCGCCAUCGACUUUGGUUUGUCCGCGUUUUUCCACGAAGAUCAAGUGUUUCACGAAAUCGUCGGUUCCGCGUAUUACGUCGCGCCGGAAGUUUUGCGACGAUCGUACGGUAAAGCCGCGGACGUGUGGUCGUGCGGUGUUAUUUUGUACAUUUUGUUGUCCGGGGUGCCGCCGUUUUGGGCCACCACGGAGAACGGCAUCUUUGAUAUGGUUUUGAAAGGUCAGUACGAUUUGGAGCAAGAUCCCUGGGGCGCGAUUUCCGCCGGCGCGAAGGAUUUGAUCGCUAAAAUGUUGGUACAAGAUCCGAAGAAGAGAAUCUCGCCGGAGGAUGCGUUGAAUCAUCCGUGGUUGACUGGUGGCGCUCCGGCCAAGAAGUUGGACAACGCGAUCGUGAAACGAUUAAAAUCGUUCGCGGCGAUUACCAAGUUUAAAAAAUUGGGUUUGAUUGCCAUGGCGAAGACGUUGUCGCCGGACGAAUUGGAAGGUUUGAGAGAAAUGUUCAAAUCGUUCGACACGGACAACUCGGGGACGAUUUCCAUCGCGGAGUUACAAGCUGGUUUGCGCAAGAAAGGCUCAUCACAAGCCACGGAAGAGUUGCAACAGUUGAUGAACGAAAUCGAUAUCGACGGUAACGGCGAGUUGGAUUACGAAGAGUUUGUCGCGGCGACGUUGUCGAUGGCGAGCCAACAUUCGGGCGACGCCAUGGAGAAGACGUUUGCGUACUUUGACGUCGACGGGGACGGGUCGAUUACCAUCGAGGAGUUCAAGAUGGCGUUGGAUAAGAUGCCAGCUGGAGCAAGGGCGAACUUUGGCGACGUUAACGAGUUGGUGGCGAUGGCGGACCAAGACGGAGACGGUUUGAUUGAUUACGAAGAAUUUGUCGCGAUGAUGCAAGCCGGCGACAAACCGGACAAAAACGCGAUGAAGAACGCGAAAAUGGCCGGGUACGCGUAA